AUGUUCGGAAUCAAGAGCAGGGUCCACCACCUUUAUCUGAUCGAUUUCGGUCUCAGCAAGAAGUACUUCGACCAGAAGCAUGUAGCGCUUCGGACGCAGCUCAGCCUCACAGGGACGGCCAGGUAUGCAUCCAUCAAUGCCCACAAGGGCGUUGAGCAGAGUAGGCGCGACGAUCUGGAGGCAGACCCGGAGCUAACGAGUCGUCUAAGUGUAGAUGAAAUGGGUCACACCUGGAUCACGGUUAAGAAAUUCAAUCAUAUCAAUACUGUAUCGUCUGAUGAAGCGGAAUUUGCGUGGGUGAUGGUGCCCGCUGGACGAUAUCCCGGCACUGGAAGCUUUCUGCUUGGACAAGCUGCCAAGCUGUGA